UGGAGGGGCCAGAGAGAGCACUGCAGGCACUGAAGCAUAGCGCUGAUGCUCUCCUGCUGCUCUGUCAGCAUGCUGCUGUUUGCCCUGGGUUUUCUGCUCGUCAUCCCACAGCCAUCCACGGGGCAGUUCCCCAGGGUCUGUGCCAACGUGCAGAGCUUGCUGAGCAAGGAGUGCUGUCCCCCCUGGGACGGAGACGGGUCCCCUUGUGGGGAGCUUUCCGGCAGAGGGUCCUGCCAGAACAUCCUUCUCUCCCAGGCUCCACUGGGACCACAGUUCCCUUUCUCAGGAGUGGAUGACAGAGAGGACUGGCCCUCUGUGUUUUACAACCGGACGUGUAGAUGUGUAGGCAACUUCAUGGGAUUCAACUGUGGGGAGUGCAAGUUUGGCUUCUCCGGGAUCAACUGCGCUGAAAGGCAAGUGAAAAUAAGAAGAAACAUCUUCCAGCUCACCACCACUGAGAAGAACAAGUUCCUUGCCUAUCUUAACUUGGCAAAGAGCAUCCCUAGCCAGGACUACGUUAUCGCCACCGGCACGUACGCUCAGAUGGACAAUGGCUCCAGCCCCAUGUUCAGAGACAUCAACGUGUACGACCUCUUUGUGUGGAUGCACUACUACGCCUCUCGAGACGCACUCUUAGGGGGCUCCAGUGUGUGGAGGGACAUUGACUUUGCCCACGAAGCCCCCGGGUUCCUGCCUUGGCACCGGGCCUUUCUGCUGAUGUGGGAACGCCAGAUCCAGAGACUAACAGGGGAUGAGAGCUUCACCAUCCCCUACUGGGACUGGAGAGAUGCAGAGGUCUGUGAGGUCUGCAAUGAUGAGUACAUGGGUGGCAGACAUCCCACCAACCCCAAUUUACUUAGCCCAGCAUCCAUUUUCUCCUCGUGGCAGGUAAUUUGCACUCGGUCUGAAGAGUACAACAGCCAACAGGCUUUAUGCAGUGCCACAGGCGAGGGGCCUUUAAGGAGAAAUCCUGGGAACCACGAUAAAUCAAGGACCCCAAGGCUCCCAACCUCAGCUGAUGUCGAAUUUUGCCUUUCACUGACUCAGUAUGAAUCUGGACCCAUGGAUAAAAUGGCCAAUUACAGCUUCCGAAACACUUUGGAAGGGUUUGCGGAGCCGCAGACGGCGAUAUCGAACCCCGCGCAGAGCGGUCUGCACAACGCGCUCCACAUCUACAUGAACGGCUCCAUGUCGCAAGUGCAGGGCUCUGCCAACGAUCCCAUCUUCGUGCUACACCACGCCUUUGUGGACAGCAUUUUUGAGCGAUGGUUAAGAAGGCACAGGCCCAUGCUAGAAGUAUACCCAGCAGCUAAUGCACCUAUUGGGCACAAUCGAGAAAAUUACAUGGUCCCCUUCAUCCCUCUUUACAGAAAUGGAGAAUUUUUUAAACCCUCAAGGGAACUGGGGUAUGACUAUGAAUAUCUGCAAGAACCAGCCGUUCAGUCUUUCCAGGACUUUUUGGCGCCCUACCUUCAGCGAGCCCGUCAGAUCUGGGCUUGGUUGCUGGGAGCAGCUGUGUUUGGAGGCAUUGUCACUGCUGUGCUCACGGGGCUCACCAGGGCCUGCCAGAAGAAAAAGGGAGCAACUUCUUCAGAGAUACAGCCCCUGCUCAUAGAAAGUGAAGAUUACAACAAUCUGACUUACCAGUCCAAUUUCUAGAGGCCUCCAGUAACUCAGCCGUACUGCUAAGGUGCUAAUCAAGCAUGCAGUGUUUGAUUGAUGUUUACAAAUACCUUGUUGAGGUGUGCUGCAGGAGCAGGAUGGGCAGUCUCAAGUCUCUUGUAACCUCCAAUGUUGUAGCAUCUUAUCAGAUCCACUCCCACAAAAAUCUCCCAGAUGCAG